GGAGGCCCCAGCGAAGCAAAGCCCAGUGAAGAGCCAGGUUUUUCCAAGCCCCAAAUUUCCACGCACACGUACGCGAGUUCCGCCAUGAAGCUGUUAGUCUGUGUGCUGAGUGUGUGCGCCCUGGCCGCGGCCCAGGACUUCAAGGAGUGUCUGGAGCAGGAUUCCAUCUCCUGCCUGCAGAUGACGUUCUACCGCAAGGCGCGGGACUUCUUCGACCAGCCGCAGAUCAGCCUGGCCGGAGGGUUGUCCUUCGUGAAGGCAGCUGGCCGAGAGUCGCGCUCGUACGGCGCCGAUGGUGCCCAGAUCGAAGCGGCCAACAGCGUGGAAUCGCGCGAAGAUGCCCUGGAGAGCUACGUGUUCGAGCGAUCGGUCAGCUUCCUGCGCGAGCGUUCGCUUAACCUCGACAUGGCCGGUGCAGCUCGCAGCCUUUCCACCGUCAUCCCGGAGGAAGUGAAGGGUCAGAUGCGCGCGAUGGUUGCGGAAGCGCGUGGCAAAAAGAAGAUCCUGAAGGCUCUGCUGCCGAUCCUUGGACUGGUGAAGCUGAAGAUCGUUGGUUUGGCGCUGCUCGCUCUGCUCGGAAUUGCGCUCAUCGCAAAGAAGGCGCUCGUCGUGUCGGUCAUCGCUCUCGUCCUGUCCAAGUUCCUCUUCCUCAAGAAGCUGCUCUCGAAGAAGGACGAAGGACACACCUCGUACCACGGUUCGUCUGGUGGCUGGGAAUCGAGCGGAUACGGUGACUAUGGCUCUCAUAGCCAGCCUGCUCACUCGAUCGCGUACGCCGGCCACAAGCAGGUGCGGAAGUGAGCAUCCUCUUGAUCCAUCUCACACACAC